UUCGGGUCCCGGGCGGCCGCCGUAGCCGGAACUGUUUAGAGAGCGCGGCGUCCCGGGUGUGGGAGGGCGAGUGGCGGCAGCACCGGCGCCGUCAGCCCUGUUAGCCGCGCGCCGGUCCACAGAGAGGACUUCGAAGGGAACAGUGCUCGGUGACCGCGUCUGACACACGACUACCAGCCCGGCAUCGCGGCCUCGCCGCAGCCGGAGCUGCCCGGCUCCGUCGGUUCUGCGGAGGCCCGGGAUCCGGGAGCCAGUCUGCCGAGAAGCGUGGAUGAAAAAGGAUGACAGUGAAGUUGGGCGACGCCGGCAGCGGGGAGGAAGGGCUAAAGAAGCUGGGCAAGCGGACGGCCGAUGAGGAGUCUCUGGACGGAGAGGGGCCCGGCGGUGCGGACGCGGCGGACAGCAGCAGCACAAAGAGGGACGGGCAGACCCCUCGGGCCGCCGGAGCCCCCGCGCCACCCAGAGGGUUGCCGACCCCGUCCCCACCACAGGGCAGCCCCCAGGACCAGCACCAUUUCCUAAGGUCCAGCGUGCGACCACAGAGCAAGAGGCCCAGGAAAGACGCACCCUGUGCUGUGGGCAGUGGUGGUGCCAGCGGUUCCGGGACGCGAGGAAAAGGAAGUGACGGUGGCGCAUCAUCUUCAGGAAACGUGUCUGGGGUUGCCCCUGUCACCCCUGCAGGAGGCUCACGCUCCUCCUCCCGGAACAUAGGAUCUUCAGGGCCUGAGAAGGAAGAAGGAAAGAAGGUCCGGAGGCAGUGGGAGUCGUGGAGCACAGAGGACAAGAACACCUUCUUUGAAGGACUGUAUGAGCAUGGAAAAGACUUUGAAGCCAUUCAGAACAACAUUGCUCUGAAGUACAAGAAGAAGGGCAAGCCUGCAAGCAUGGUGAAGAACAAAGAGCAGGUCCGGCAUUUCUACUACCGCACCUGGCACAAGAUUACCAAAUACAUUGACUUUGACAAUGUGUUCUCUCGAGGGCUGAAGAAAUCAUCCCAGGAACUCUAUGGUCUCAUCUGCUAUGGCGAGCUACGCAAGAAGAUUGGGGGUUGUAUGGAUGACAAGAACGCAACAAAGUUGAAUGAACUCAUUCAGGUUGGAGCUACCACAGUACGUUAUAAAGGGAGAAAUCUCCGGAUCAAGGCACCCAUGUGCCGGGCCCUAAAGAAGCUCUGCGAUCCAGACGGUCUAAGUGAUGAAGAGGACCAGAAACCAGUGCGCCUCCCCCUGAAAGUUCCUGUAGAAUUACAACCACGGAACAACCAUGCCUGGGCACGAGUACAGAGCCUGGCCCAGAACCCGCGUCUCAGGAUGAUUGUGGAGCUGCAUCGAAAAGUCUCUAGCCUCAUUGAGUUCCUGAAGCAGAAGUGGGCACUCCAUGAAGUACGAAUUCGGAAGACACUUGAGGAGAGGCAGCUGCAGGGCUCAAGCACAGUGCAGACCCAGGAGAAGGUGGCAUUGCACCUGUUCCCAGGCGAGAACUGCACACUGACACCACUACCGGGUGUAGCCCGUGUGGUACACUCCAAGGCCUUCUGCACUGUACACUGGCAAGAGGGUGGCCGGUGCAAACAGGGCACCAAGGACACACACUCACUGCCUCCAGCUCAGAUCCUGGGCAUCCAGAGUGGACAGGGAAUAGCCCGGGGCCAGCUGAAGUGCCAGAGGAGCAGUGCUGAAGGCAAGGGUGGGGGACGACCCCUUCCCACUGCAGAUGCUUCACAGAGUUCAGGGGAAAGUUCCCCUGAGAGUGCUCCUGGAGAGGGAGCAGCUCCAAGUCUGAGCAGCCCGGAUGUCCCUGACAGGCCCUCUCAUGGGCCCCAGGAUUCUGGAUCACAGCUUGAGAAGACCCCUGGGACAGCCCUUACAGUGGGUAGGGACAGCCCUAUUCAAGAAUCUGGGGCCCUGCCGUGUUCCUGCGGCCAGCCCCCAGACUUGGAAGAUGAACUCUCACUCCUUGACCCCUUUCCCCGAUACCUGAAGUCUUGCCAGGAUCUCAUCAUCCCGGAGCAGUGCCGCUGUGCAGACACACAGUCUGGGAGAGAGCACCCUUCUCUUGGCAGGGUAGCUUCCCCAGAGGCCCUCCUACCCAUCAGCAGUGAGGUUGCUGACAAUGCUCCCCCUGGUCCGGACCCUCAACCUGGCAGCGAUACUCAACCUGACACCAGGCUUCAGUCAGAUACUUGUACUAAAGAGCUAGUGAAUGCAUGUCCUGAAGAGUCCCAGGAGAAAAGCAGCCCCUCAGAACCUCUGUUGUCUCAGGGACAGCCUGCUACCAGGCCUUCCAAGGAAGUCCCUGCCAGCCAGCUGGCCCAGCAGCUACGUGAAGAAGGCUGGAGCUUGCAGACCUCUGAGAGCCUCACACUGGCUGAAGUCUACCUCAUGAUGGGCAAGCCGACCAAACUGCAGCUGGAGUAUGAUUGGCUAGCUGUGCUGGGCCCGGAGAGCCAGGCACCCACAGCACAGGGACAGACUGCCCUAUCCCGCUCCACUCCCUCAGCCCUCCACCAGCAGCGCCUCCUGAACUGCCUUCUGAGGCUCAUCUCUACUGAGGUCCACCCCAAGAUGGCUUUUGAAGCUAACACAGCAUCAACAGCUUCAGUCAGGCCCACCCAGGAGGAACAGUCCACAACCCCACCAGGCAAGGUAGUGACCAUCAGCUCUCGGAGUCCCCGCUGUUCUCGAAACCCAUCUACCCUCCGAAGCAACAAGAGCUUCCCAUCUGGUUCUGCACCUUGCUCCCCAGGUUUGAGAAAUCCCCCAAGGCCUCUUUUGGUGGCUGGCCCCUCCAGCACCGGAAGCAGUGACUCAGAUGGUGGCCUCUUUGCUGUCCCAACGACUUUGCCACCAAAUAGUCGACACGGAAAGCUCUUCUCUCCCAGUAAGGAGGCGGAGCUAACUUUUAGGCAGCACUUGGACUCCAUCAGUAUACAGUCAGACUUUUUCUCACCAAAGCCCAAGAAACUACGGAAACGGCACUUACGAAAGCCGCUGGUGGUUCAGAGGACACUGCUCCCUAGACCUUCUGAAAACCAGUCCCACAAUGUGUGCUCCUUCUCCAUCCUGUCUAACUCUCCUAUAGCUGGGAGAGGCUGGUUCCGGCCCAUCCAGUCUUCUCUGACCAAAGCAGCUCUGUCUCGACCGAUAGUGCCCAAGGUCCUCCCAUCUCAGGCCACCAGUCACCUGCCCAGUGCCAUCGACUUAGCAGCUCAAAGUGCUGGCAUCAUCCCUGGAAGUCCCUUGCCAGUUUUAGAUCCUGAUGGUUCAUCUGGCGUCUCUCCACUGUCUUCAGAACAAGCAGCCACUGCCAUCUCGGGGCAGGGUGACACUGGACCACACCAGAACAGAGACCCUGUUACAGCUGUAAGGGGCACGAAUGACCCAUUUAUCGGUGUUUCAAGACCAGAGCAGGAGCCAAUGACAGAUGACUUCCAGGGAUCAUCUGUUCUGACCUUACCUGAGCUGUCCAAGGCUAAUCUCCACAAUGGCUUGUCCAUACCUGUACCCUCAUCAGAGAGCUCCAGCACCCGUCUCUCCCCACCCAAUGUUUCUGCACUUCUGGACAUUUCCCUCCCUGGCCCACCUGAGGAUGUUCUCUCCCAGGGAGAACCUGCCACACAGAUCAGCGACUCCAUCAUUGAAAUUGCCAUCAGCUCUGGACAGUACAGUGAAGGAGUUCCUCUUUCUCCAGCAAAACUGAACGGCAGUGACAGUUCCAAGAGUCUUCCCUCCCCAUCCAGCAGCCCCCAGCCCAACUGGAUUGCCUCUCCCACUCAUGACCCCCAGUGGUACCCCAGUGACUCUACAGAUUCUUCACUCAGCAGCUUGUUUGCCAGCUUCAUAUCUCCAGAGAAGAGCAGAAAGAUGCUACCAACUACUGUUGGGGCCAACAGUGGCACAUCUUUGCUUGGCCCUAGCUUGUUGGAUGGAAAUUCAAGGGACUCGUUUGUGUCCAGGUCUCUGGCUGAUGUUGCAGAAGUGGUGGAUUCCCAGUUGGUGUGCAUGAUGAAUGAGAACAGCAUUGACUACAUAUCUCGGUUUAAUGACCUGGCCCAAGAAUUGUCCAUCACUGAGCCUGGCCGCCGGGAGGUUCUUUUUGAUGGUGGAGGAGGUGGUAAUCCUGUUGGUGACCUCUCUCAGUGACUGUGCUUCGUGACACAGGCAUCCUGGAAUCCACAAGGGAGGUCUAUGGAGCUGACCCCAUGAAACCUGUCUGCAUCAGAGAGAAAGUCAAGUCCAGAAUCCUGAGAAGACAGUGAACAGGAGCACCUCUAGCAGCAUAACAAUGUCCACAUGCAAGCAGAGGUUGUACCAUCCACAGAGGCCAGGGCAAGCUGGCCUGAGAAGGGUAGACCUCAGAAGUCCUUUGGGUGUUGCAGCCCUUGUAGUCUUGUAGCCUGUGUGCCAUCCUGACUGUAUGUCUGUGUGUUGAGCCUUCCAGAGGGGCUCCUCCUUGCAAGAGACAUGCCUAAUGUUCAUUUUGUCUUUGGAGCUGUUAUCCUAUUUGAAGGGAGGCCACAGCCACUGCUGCUUUCUUUCUGAUAUCCUUUUUUCCACUUGGCUGUUCUGUCUGCAGUGAUGUUGCAAGGGACAAUGAGUAUAGACCAGUCUUCUUUCCUGGUUGUAUCUUGAACCUAAGACACUUCCUGGAUGCCUUGACCAUGAAGCAGAGAAGGGUCCCAGAGUCAUGUUGCUAAUGUUAUCUUCCCAAGAUUACUAACCCUCACCUAGUGCUUCCUACUCAAACCAUCCAGAGGUUGGUUCUUCCUGGCAUAAGGAGGAGGAGGUUGUAAAGCUGGUUGAGAAUGGUUUCCUUGCGGUUAAAGAAUUGGGAGACGGACAAGGAAUAGUAAGAGUCCUCUAUGUAGGUGGCUCUGCUCUCAACCUGUGCUUA